AUGGUAGCGGAGCUCUGGAAAGCCAGACUCCGAAACACGUGUCCUCGGCGGUUUGAGUUCAGGGACCACCUUUGCUUUGUUGGCAGGCUUUACGGGAAGCAAGCGAGCUGGGAGAAGCAGUUGUCUGUGGUCGAGGCUGCCGAAGAGCAGUCGUUGAGCUGGGCAGCGCAAGUUGCUUUCGUGCACCUGCAGCAGGAGCACGAGAACCUGGAUCGAGACCUGUCUGUGGGGUCUAUCACUUCAGAGCCCAAUACGCCAGGAUCUCCAGGUGUUUACGUAACUGUGGACGAUUUGAGGAUGAUGAUGCAGCAGAUGACCGCGGCUACAAAGGCUGCGAGCGAUGCUGCAAUGGCUGCAGUACAGGCCAGCUCUUCGAAGGCUGCACUUGGGUCGAGUGAGAUGAGCAGGAUUCUUCCGCGUCCCGAUACGUUCAAGCCGACAACAAGAGAGGAGGAGCACUCCCAGUGGUUGCAGUGGGUGUGGUCACUCAAACAAUAUGUGGUGGCACUGGACACGGCCUACUCCGAGGACCUGAAGAAGAUCGAACAGUUUCCGACUGCAGAGAUUGGAUGGAUAAGCGAUCCUGAAGCCUUGAAGAGAAGUCAACGCAUGUAUGCGUUGCUCUCAGGGCUGGUGCGCGGCAGGGGGCUCCAAGUGAUCCAGCGUGUUCCAUCGCAGAACGGCUACGAGGCUUUGAGACAGCUGAUGCAGCUCUUUCAGCCGUCGAGCCGUGCAAGAUCGCUUGGAAUCCUCACGGCCCUCACUCAGACGCACCCGUUUCGCACCAACGAGCCGUUUCUUGCCCAGCUGCUGGAUCUUGAGAGGGUGAUGGAGGAAUACGAGCGUUCAUCUGGCAAGAAGCUGGAGGAGGACCUCAAAACCUCGACCCUCCUCAAGAGCAUCUCAGGAGGGAUGCGGAACCACCUGUCCACCGUCCUGACGGAGACCUCCUCCUACGACGAGAUCAGAGAGUGGAGCCCUUCGAACCUUUUCAGCACCGAGUCUUCGUAUGCGCAAAAGAAGUCCCACGAGCAGGAACCGCAGCCAAUGGACAUCGGUCAAGUUAAGGGUGGUCCUAAAGGGUACAAAGGUGGCAAAGGUCCUAAGGGUCCUAAGGGUUCAAAAGGUCCAAAAGGCAAUGACAGCAAGGGCAAGUGUGGCAAGGCUGGAGGCAAAGAGUCUAAAGGUUAUUCUCAGAGCUACAACAAUGCCAAAGGCGACAGGAAUCCAGGCAAAGGUGGCAAGGGUGAUAGGAAAGGCAAGAACAAUGCACCGAAGGGGGGCAAUCUGUCCUCCAACACCACAUGCCACAACUGUGGCCGUCCUGGCCACUAUGCAAGAGACUGCUGGCGCCCUCGUGUCAACCAGGUUGAGCAGUCCCAAGGCCAGCCUGGCCCACAGCCUUCCGGAGCUUCUGUGAGCGGCACCUCCACCAGUGCCGGCCCUUCAUAUAGCAGUGCCCCGAGCCAAGCCUCCACAGCCGUGCGUCGUGUCAUUGCCGAGCCUUUUGUGAUGGACAUGAGCCAGCUUGACCUGUCAGGUGAUGACCCUUUCGUGCGAAUGAUUCAUGCACAGCAUUUCCGAUUGGAUGCCACAGAUGGCGACUCAGACUGGGAAGUGAUUGGGUGUUCGAACACAACCCAAGAACAGCAUGUGCGAGCGCUGACCCAAAUCAGCAACACCUGUUCAGUGAUCAUCGACUCUGGAGCUGACGUUUCUUGCAUCCCCUUGAGCUUUGCAUCUUGUGGAGUCAGUUCCCCUGGAGAUUGCGUGAUGCAUGUGCGUGAUGCUCAGGGUGGCAGCAUGCAGGUGAGGGAUGAGCGCAUUGUCGAUUUCGUUUUGCAAAGCCCAAGCCAUGGACAUGUUACCAUCCGUGAGAGAUGCAUAGUCGCAGACGUAAUGCAGCCGCUGAUAAGCAUGGGUCGAUUGAUCAAGCAAGGUUGGUUUCCGUGCCAAAAUGCUCAGGGCUUCUGGCUGAACCACGAUGCUUCAGGAGCUGAUGUUCCUAUGUCAUUUCGAGGCAUGAGCCUUGGAGUGGAUGCUGAAAUCCGUCGCGUCGAGAAGGCCGAGGUCCCAGUUUCUCAGGUGCAAGCAUGCGAUCCACAGAGUUCCCACGUCCAGUCGAAAGGUCCUCAGGUGCAAGCAUGCGAUCCACAGAGUUCCCACGUCCAGUCGAAAGGUCCUCAGGUGCAAGCAUGCGAUCCGCAGAGUUCCCACGUCCAGUCGAAAGGUCCACAAAUUCUGAUCAACAUUUUCUCCCGUACCGUGAACCAUAUUUUGCUUGAACAGAAUGUGACUUUUGGACCUUGUAGGAGUAGCAUCUUGAAAUGA